CAUUGUUGGCCUGACCCCUGAUUAUGUAAUAAUGAGCACUUGCAGGCUCCCCUGCCCCAAAAGACGGGCCCCACACACACACACAGCCUGCCGAGGGUGGAGGAACCAACAGCAAGAUCCUCCUGUCGUUGAUGAGCACUGAAGACAGAGCCACCCACAGACCCUGCAGGCAGGCCUUCCCACAACCAUGAGGCUGCUGGCUCUCCUCCUCCUCCUUCUGGUCUGUCUCUUCCAUGGGGCCUCAGCAUAUGAAAAGAAAAAAGAUCUUGAAUGUGAAAAGCUGGGCGGUGCCUGCAAACACCAGAAAACCCACGGCUGCACCAUCCUGGCUGCGGAAUGCAGAAGCCGAAACAAGCACUGCUGCAGGCUGUAGCGGCAGCGCCCUUCGGGGGCCCCUCGUGCUGCUGCCCACGCACCCUCUCUGGUUUCUGCUCAAUAAAGACACCACACAUCUUG